AUGACAAGAGGAAAGGAGGCGCCUCGAGGAUGGACGUUGAGAGAUGGCGCCAGCUCGACGCCCAAGCUGCCGUACCUGCUCCACUGCGGCCACAGCUUCUGCGAGGAGUGCCUGGCGAGCUGCGCCGAGGCCGAGACCAGCAAGUCGACGUCGGCCCUACGCGUCCCCUCUUCCUUCGUCACCAACACGCCGCCAUCGGGGCGGUCGCGCCUCUUCGGUUCCCUUCUACUUCCCUCCUUUUCUUCUUCAACUUCUGCCUCUUCAUCUUCAUCUUCUACUUCUUCAAGCAUCAUCACCACUUCACGCCGCCCCGCCUUCUCGUUGGCGCCAUCACCACCUUCCACCACCGCGUCAUCGUCGCAGCGGGUGCGGGUGAGCGUGGCGUGUCCGGUGUGUCGAUGCCGCACGCCCUACGACUCGGCCCGGGGACCGGUGGGCGGCCUCCCCAAGAACUACGAACUCAUCGCCGCCAUUCGCGUCAUCCGCAGCCUCGUCGCGGCUGCUGCUGCCUCGCCUCCCCGACGGCCGUCGCCGGCCGCGCGCGGCAAACGGAAGCGGCCCACGACGAUGACGAGCCAACGAGGCGACGAUGACGAUGAUGAUGAAGGUGGUGAUGAAGGGCGCUGGCACCACCCCAAGGGCGAGAAGGAAGAGAAGCGAAACGACAAAAAGAAGAAGAAGAAGAAGACGCGGAGGUUGGUCGGAGGGCUUCACAGCACCGCCGCCGGUCGGAGCGCUGACUCCACGACCGUCGUCCUAUCGGGUGACAAAGACCGGUCGCCAGCGGCUGCGAUGUCCAUCGACCACGCCACCAUCGCGAGCAGCAGUCGCGGCCGCGGCGACGAAGAGGUGGUGGAGGCGGUGGAGGAGGAGACACUCCCGACUGCUCCUCCCGCCCAUCUCUUUGACGACGACGACGAGUACAGCGACCGGAUGGUCGGUGACGGCCGUGACCAAGGCCCUUCGCCCGUACGGGCGGCGGCGGCAGACGCGGCUGCUGAGGCCAACGAUGCCACGUCGUCGUCGUCAUCAUCUCCGCCUCCGUCCGCUCCGCCUCUGCCCUUCCCCUCCCACCUCUUCCACUACAUCUCCUCUUCCUCUUCCUCUUCGCCCUUCCACUUCGCACCUCCUCCUUCCUCCUCCUCGCCAAAUUCAUCGUCGUCAGCCUUGUCGGCGACCUCGGCGACAUCGUCGACAUCAACGGGGUGCGUCCUGUUCCCGUCGCCGGGACCGCCGUCUUGGGCAUUCCCCACAUUCCUGUCUUUGCCCCUCAGUGGCCCUUCUCGCCCCGACGACGGCGGCGGCUCUGAGGUGGUGGUCGGCCACGGCGCCGACGCCCGAGCGGAGGCAUCGUCGGCCGGCGAUGAUGCCCGGGCGGGCGCGCAGGCGGCGGUAACCAGGCGGGCGGGUCGGUGGGUGGACUCCUCGCAGUCGUGCAUGCGAUGCGAGGUCGCGUUCGGCCUCUUCGUGCGGCACCGGCGUUGCCAUUACUGCGGCGGCCUCUUCUGUUACCGGUGCUGUUGGCAGUUCUGUGAGAUGCCGGUGUCGUUCGGGUACCGGCGCAAGCAAAGGACCUGCAGCGACUGCGCGCAGCUCCUCAAGACGCCUCCCGCUCCCUCGCCAGCGGCGGCCGCCUCGUCCGACAGUUCGCCCGCCAUGUCGACUUCUUCCAACGUCGCGGCAGACUCCGAAGCACUGGCGCUGUGUUCGCCAGCCGACGGUGAGCGUGAGGAAUGGCCCUCGUUUGACCUGAAGGACAAGCUCACCACCGUCUACGACAUCUCCUGCAAGGCGGUGGACGCGGGCGUGGAGGCGCUGGCCCUGGCCAAGGGGGAGGCCUCGACCGAGCAGAGCACCUUUGUGCCCUCCGAUUCGACCAUGCUCUGGGGCCGCUGCAUGGGCGUCAUGGUGGCCCUGCCCCUGUUCGUCAUCGGCACCUCCUCCGUACUCAUGGCCGCCGGUGGCUAUCAUGCAUGGGGCUUCCUGGCCCGACAGCGGAGGAAGUGGCGCGAGGAGAAGCAGGUAGAGGAGGACGAGGCGCGCAUCACCGAAGCCCGACUGCGCUGUGGGCAUCUGCCUCAGCCCCCCGACGACCAGCCCGCCCUCAACUAA